GACCGAUAAGUACAGUACCGGGCUGCAGCUGUCGUCGCGUUUCCAGGCUCCUGACUGGAAGAGAUGCAGAUGUGGGGUAGUUUAAAUAGUGCCGAGCACGACAUGUGAAUUUUGAUUUCCACAAACAAAGCUCGGUGCAUUGCUAGAGCUGCAACACAGCAACAACACUACACAACACAACACGACACAACAUAUGCACUGUGGCAGGUUAUGCCAAAAAACAGAUAUAUUUCUUUAAAGGACUGAUUGCAUUUUCGAGUUAAUAUUUACUAUUAUUAUUAUUAUUAUUAUUAUUAUUAUUAUUAUUAUAACACACCUCAUCUUGCUGCCUGCUAUUCGGAGUCGCUGAUUGCUGGCAGGGGAAGCUGUGUUCGGGCUCCACAAUGGGGAACGCCAGCGCUGCCUCGGUGGAGGAGAUCACUGCCUGCGAGAUCCAUCAGUGGUACAAGAAGUUCAUGACGGAGUGCCCUUCGGGCCAGCUCACGCUGUACGAGUUCAAGCAGUUCUUCGGGCUGAAGGAUCUGUCUCCCAACGCCAACGCCUACGUCGAGCAAAUGUUUGAAACUUUUGACAUGAACAAGGACGGCUAUAUUGACUUCAUGGAGUAUGUGGCGGCGCUGAGCCUGGUUCUCAAAGCCAAGGUGGAAAAGAAGCUCAAGUGGUAUUUCAAGCUGUAUGACAUGGAUGGCAAUGGCUGCAUUGACCGAGGAGAGCUCCUGAACAUCAUCAAGGCCAUCAGAGCCAUUAACGGCUGCAAGCAUGAAACGACAGCGGAAGAAUUCACCAGCAUGGUGUUUGAGAAGAUUGAUAGCAACAGCAAUGGAGAGCUGUCCAUGGAGGAGUUCUUGGAUGAGGUCCAGAAGGACGAGCUGCUGCUAGGCAUCCUGACCCAGAGUCUGGACCUCUACCACAUCGUGGGCGUGAUCCAGAGCAACAGCCAGCCAGAGAGCCAGCAGGAGGAGAGCUGAAGCUGGGAGAGCCCCAGAUCGGAGAGACCCCCCUUACCCCUGCGGAGAAACAUGCCUCAUAUUUCUGACUUCAAUACACAGCACUGCGCUGUCUCCCAGAAAGGCAAACUAUUGCUUCUCCUGAUAGUUAACAGGAGCUGCAAGCUGAGGGUUCAGUGAGGUUGUACUGUAGCCUCGUUUGGACCUGUGCUGUAUGAAAACUUCAAAUGGGUUCAAGUCAAAAUCGAUUUGAUGUUUCCUGUUCAGCUUGCUUCUGACUUGUUCUGCAUUCCGAUAGAAACGACCUGUUAGUUAUGCGUUUCUGUAUUUCUUAACGAUGUAAACGGGACUGGGGUCUGUAUUAAUAAAUACGGUGCAAUGUGA